AUGUCUAAAAAGUUGUUCUCUGCUAUUAAAAAGAUUAACGAUUGUUUAUCCAGUGACGUAUUACUUAAAGGAGGAGAAUGUUCUAAUGAAGUAUUAUACACAGCAUAUUGUCCUACCAAGAAAGAUGGGGAAAAGGGACAAUGUAACACAAAUGGUGAUAAAAUUAAUGCUGGACUUUUAUGGUUGUUAGAGAUGUUCAAGGAUGAUUAUGGUGAGGGUCGUUCUGGAAAUGAAAAUGUAAAAUAUGCUGAAUACGCUAUUUUAUGGUUAAGUAAUAUGUUAAAUCAAACACCAGAUGAAGGAAUUACCACAUUAAAUGAUUUUUAUACUAAAUAUAUAAAAAAUAAUACGCAUUAUACUAAUUGUAUUAGUGAUGGUAAAGAUUGUAGUAAUUCAUUAAAAACUGGAACUGGAUAUACAAAUUUUAAGAAGUUCAUAGAAGAAAACGAUCAUUUCAUGAAUAUGAAUAUGAACACUAUGGCUAUGUUGUAUGAUGCAUUUAAAAUUUUAUGUAAUAUGUAUACUGAGUUUGACGAAAAAAAGCUAAAUUGCGAUGAAUGUUUGAAAUAUGGUGAUGAAUUUGUUGAAAAAUAUGAUCAUCUUAAUAAAAUUUCUGAAAUUACUGAAGGCAGUCCAUACUAUCAAGUAUUAUCUACUUUAUCAAAUGAUUAUGAUAAUUUUAAAAAGAAAUAUAAUGAAGCUCAAUGCUGCAAUUUUCCACCUCUUCCAACGAUAGAAAAAGCACAAGCUUCUGCACAAAGUUCUAAAUUUACAUCAUCAAGUUCGUCGAUAGAAAGAAAAUUAUUUAUAGUUUUAUCGAUAUUUGGUGCAAUAGCAUUUUUUUUUGGAAUUUCUUAUAAGUAUUCGUUAUUUGAAUUUCGGAAACGAUCUCAAAAACAACAUUUAAGAGAAAAGCUAAAAAAAUAA